UCUGACGUGCACGAGUUUUCCGAAACUUGCCUGAGCUGUUGCCUGCAGAAGGUUCGCGCCCCUUCCUGCUUUAAGUCAAGGCGCGGCAUUGAGCCCUGCAGCGAGUGGAACAGGUAGCGAGGUGACCCGGGACCUGCAACCAGCCCCGAACCAGCGAUGUGGAAAUCAGCAGUAGGACAUAACGUUAAAGUGGAAGUGGAGAAGGACGGAGAUGAUUGGGAAACAGAUCCUGACUUUGUUAAUGACAUUUCAGAACAGGAGCAACGAUGGGGAGCAAAAUCUGUCGAUGGGUCUGGUCGGCCUCAGCACAUCAAUGUCCACGAGUUGAGGGAGAAUGUCGCAAAAGAUCAUGGCUCCUUGAAGAAGAAAGAAAUGGAGGAGGGAUCAAAAGCGUCAUAUGGUUAUGGUGGCAAGUUUGGGGUCCAGAAAGAUCGUAUGGACAAGUCUGCUUUAGGGAACGAUUACGUGGCUGAUGUGGCAAAGCAUUCAUCACAGACAGAUGCUGCCAAAGGAUUUGGAGGGAAGUAUGGAGUUCAGACAGAUCGGACAGACAAGUCAGCACUGGGGUAUGGAUACAAAGGAGAAGUGGACAAGCACGCUUCACAAAAAGAUUAUGCCAAAGGAUUUGGUGGCAAGUAUGGAGUAGAAAAAGAGAAGGUGGAUAAAUCUGCCAUGGGAUACGACUACAAGGGAGUGACAGAGAAACACGAGUCACAAAAAGAUUAUACCAAAGGAUUUGGUGGCAAGUUUGGAGUAGAGAAAGAGAAGGUGGAUAAAUCUGCUUUGGGAUACGACUACAAGGGAGUGACGGAGAAACACGAGUCACAAAAAGAUUAUGCUAAAGGAUUUGGUGGCAAAUAUGGAGUAGAAACAGAUAAGGUGGAUAAAUCUGCCAUGGGAUACGACUACAAGGGAGUGACGGACAAACACGAGUCACAAAAAGAUUAUUCCAAAGGGUUUGGAGGGCAAUAUGGGGUGCAGCAGGACCGGAUGGACAAGAGUGCAGGUUCCUUCACUGAGAUGGAGGGUCCAACCUCGUCCUAUCAAAAGACAACGCCAGUGGAAGCCGCCAGCAGCAACGCCAAGAGCCUGAAGUCGAGGUUCGAGGGCAUGGCCAGAGCUGGUGAAGAGGCCAACAAAAAGAAAGCUGAGGAGGAACGUGCCCGGAGACAAGCCCGAGAGAGACUGGAGCGGGAGGAAGCAUGCAAGAAGCAGCAGGAGCAGAUGGAGCAAGAGAAAGAGACAGAAGUUACAGAACCUGAAGUAGUUGAACCAAUGAAACCAACUCCUCGUCGGCGGAGUCAGAAACCAAUGGAGGAGCCAGAACCGGAGCCAGAGCCAGAACCGGAGCCAGAACCGAAGCGGUUACUGGAGCGAGUACCGGAACGAGAACCGGAACGAGAACCGGAACGAGAACCGGAGCGAGAACCGGAGCGGUUACCGGAGCCAGAGCAAGAAGAAGCCCAAAUCUAUGAUGAUCCUGAUUCUUCUCAUGAGCAGCUGAAUGUGGAGUACGAAGAUAUUUCUGAAUAUUCUCACCAACCAGUAACCAAGGAGGAUUUGGAAGAUCAGGGUGACUAUGAGAAUAUGAGUGUUGUAUCACAAGAAUUGGCUGUUUCCAUCGUCAUUCCUGGUAUUGGUGAUGAGAAUGUUUACGACAUUGUAGAUGCUGGUGUGACUGCAACAGCUUUGUAUGAUUACCAAGGAGAAGGCGAUGAUGAAAUCUCCUUUGAUCCUGAUGACGUGAUCACAAACAUUGAGAUGAUUGACGAGGGCUGGUGGCAGGGUCAAUUCAAUGGAAAGAUUGGCCUUUUCCCAGCCAAUUAUGUGCGGUUGUUAAAGUAAAUGUUAACUAGCUCAAUAGAACUCAAAAUGUUGACCAACUCUUUGCCUCCAUGAAUGCUGCUUGAUCCAUUGAGUUCCUCCAGCAAUUUGUUUUUGCCCCAGAAUUCAGCAUUUGCAGUCUCUUGUUUCUCUGACAGUGGAUUUGAUUGCUUACUUUCCAUGGGUCACCCAACAUUUGGUGUCUGAAAUGAAAACAUUUCAUGCCUAUGGUGUACCUGCUAAGCAUGCUUCCUUUCAUCCCAUCGAAACAUGAAUCCUUUGGUUGCCCUAACUGAAGCAGUUAUCACAUUAACAAGGCAACCAUUGCAGUGGAAGUGGCCAUUCCAUCCAAUGUUCUAUGCCAGUAUUGACUCAUUAACCAGUAUAGCUUCAUCUAGUCCCAUUUCCUCCAUUUAUUUUCAUGUUUCUCCUUUGCAAACCUUAAUAUAGUUACUGGAGAGCAAUGCCUUCACAUUCUUCGAUUUAUUGUAGAACAAUGAGCACCUAUACGGCUCACUCACCACUCUCUAAAUUUGAGGAAAUUGAAAUGUAUGUAAGAAGACAUAUAGUGUCAAUCAUUAUGUGGCCUCCCCCCUCCUGAUUAGGGAAUGGACAGGGGAAAGCUAGUCAAUUGUCCACAGUAAACUGGAGGAUAUACCUAGUGACAAAUUCCCAUUGCCAAAUGAUCCUGUCUUGUUGCCAUAGUCUCUGACCUACAUGCCACCAACUGGUCAUAUUGCUCGGGUACUUCUCAGCUACUCUGUGACAAUGAGCAUCAGAUCUGGGGAACAUUUGUGAGAAUAACUCUCCUUGUGGAUAGAUGCAAACCACACCUUGUGUUGUUGAAUUAUGCUGACUAAACUCUCUGGGAUCCUUUGCACUUGCUGUCACUAUCAACUUUUUUAGAUAAAUUUAGCUGUCAGGCUCAUAGUCCAUAUUACUCUCAUUAAAUAAAAGUCCAUCUUUUCC